UACUAUUGAUGAGUUCUACACUCAGAGUGCUGCUAUUUGGCUUCAGCUUGAUUCUCUCCGUACAGCUGUGUGUGCCACCUGUCCCUGCUGUCUGACUGUGCGCGCGAAUCUGGAGUUUCAGCGCGUUUUUGAGUUCUUGUCGCGGCUCCGUAAGGAGUUUGAGCCGCGCCGGGCCCAGCUGCUUGCCCGUGGUCGUGUUCCGCUCUCUGAGGUACUUGCUGAGCUUCGUGCUGAGGAGACUCGUCUUCGUGGUGCUGGUCUUCUUGAGGUUCCCUCUGUUCUUGCUGCUCGUGGCCCUCCUGUACCGUCUGCUCGUGGACCUCCUAUGCCGCCGGCUUCGUUGCGGCCUCCGGCACAGCCGAUACUUCCUACUCCUCCAUUCCAGGGUCAGCGUCAGCCCCAGCAGCCUCGUGGUUCGACGUCACCUCCUUGCACCUACUGUGGCAGGCCUGGCCACACUAUCUCUACUUGUUGGCAGAGGGAUCCCAGCUUACGCCCACUGCAUCUUACUCGUCAUCAGGCUGGUUCUUCAGGAUCUUCUGCUGUUGCGCUAUCUGAUCAGGACAUUAUCCGUGGUCUUCAUGGUCUGCUCACUGGUACAGGCUCUUCCUCGACGGGUACUGCUGGUUCUGUGCCUGGCUCUUCUGGCACCGCGCGACCACCACCUUCCACACAGUCAGGACCGCCGUACACAGGCCCUGGUUGGAGCUGGCCCUCGCAGCCUUGAGUCCCCGGGGCUCUGGGAGUUAGACUGGCUUCGCGUUCCUUCUACUGCCACUUCCUCUGCCA